UACGAGGGUCAUUCUUGUUGUGCGAACAUUUUUUAUCGUACAAGUUCUUGUGGAACUCUAGUCUACAAAAGGAUAAACAAAAUCCUCUCUGGGUAUUAUCAAACCCUUGUUCAAAAAAUCAAAAAUCUCAACAGAACAGAAGAAUCAUCAUUCAAGAUUUCAUGUAAAAUUCAUUCAAAUAAUGCUCAGACACAUACAAUUUCUGGGUUCCUGUUCAGGGUUCUUCUUCCACAGAUUAAAACACCAUGGAAGCCAUCAAGGUCUCUCCUUUAUGUCAUUCUCUGCAAGAACACCCCUUUUAACAACUUCUUGUUUUCGCCAAUUUCGAUCUUCUUCUAUUCGUUCUGAAUCAAACCCAGAUGUAGCAUCGUCUUCUUCUUCUGCCACUUUUAGACCAACUGGAACUAGCCGUAGAAUUAACUUCUGUCAAUUAUGUGGGGGCCCUACGAAGCAUGAGAUUCCAGAUGGUGAGGAGAAAGAAAGAGCUAUUUGUACUCUUUGUGGAAAAGUUGCAUACGAAAAUCCAAAAAUGGUGGUAGGUUGCUUAAUUGAGCAUGAUAACAGUAUCUUGCUAUGCAAGCGGAAAAUUCAACCUUCGUAUGGUCUUUGGACACUUCCAGCCGGUUACAUGGAGAUUGGUGAGUCAGCUACCGAAGGGGCCAUUAGGGAAACAUGGGAAGAAGCAGGGGCUAAAGUGGAAAUUAUUUCCCCUUUUGCUCAAUUAGACAUCCCUCUCAUAGGCCAAACUUAUAUAAUAUUCUUGGCAAAAUUGAUGACGCCACAUUUUUCACCGGGGCCCGAAUCAUCAGAAUGCCGGCUUUUUGCGCUCGAUGAUAUCCCUUUUGAAUCUCUUUCGUUUUCAUCAAUGCUCGUCACCUUAAAUUUGUACGUUGAGGACAUCAAGGUUGGAAAACCGAAGUUUCACUACGGGAUAAUCAACAAGAGGCCCGGAACAAGUCCUUCAGAUAUUCAUGCGUAUACUCUUGACUAUCAUCUGCGGAAAUGACGUUUUAGACAGUUUACGUUUUCUGUUCCUCAAAAUGUGAAUUUGGUUUUCGAUUGGUGGCAAAUGCCCAAACUGCUCCUGAUGUAAAGUUGUAUUUUUAGGAUGGUUAAGUUUUUUGAACUUGUGUUAUUCAUUGCCGUGUGUCAAACUGCGACGUUUUGAUCAGUGUUUACACACGGGUUACAAAAGUCAUAGAAAACGCUUAGAACUACCUGGAGUGUGCUUUGUUGUGAAAAAAGAAUCUCUUUUUUUUC